AUGAGCUUCGCCCCCACCGACGACAACCAAGAAAUCUACUAUGAAUCCCACGGCACCGGCCCAACCACCCUGGUCUUCGUGUCGGGCUACUUCGGUAUCGCCAACCUGUGGCAGCCGCUAAUCGCCCGCCUCAGCCCCAAGGGAUAUAGAUGCAUCGCCCACGACAGCCGCGGGUACGGGCGAUCCUCCAAGCCCACCGACUCAACGGCCUACAGCAUCCCCCACCACGCAGCCGAUCUACACGCCGUCCUCGCCGCCGCGCGCCUCCCCGAUGCCACAGAGAUCGUGCUAGUGACGCACUCGAUGGGCGGGAAUAUCGCCGUCGCCUAUUGUCUGGCGCACCCGGAGCGCGUCGCCGGCCUGAUCCAGACGGCCACCUACUUCGACGGGCCGCGUAUCCAGAAGAUUCUAAGCUACGAGAUGUUGACCGCUGGCGUGGAGAGUCCCGCCAUAUGCGUCGAGUUCUAUACCGCAAUGGGCCUUGACAGGCCGACCGCGCUGGAGGCCGCCAAGUGGCCGGCCUAUGCCCGCCGACACAAAGCUAAGGCGCUACUGGCGUGGGAGAUGGGGGACCUGUAUACCACCUUGAAGAUCCCAGGGCUAGUGGUCCAGGGUGAUCUAGAUCAGGCGAAUCCUAUCGACUCCCUAGCCAAACCUAUCGCCGAUGCCAUGCCCAACUGCCGCUUGGAGGUGCUCAAGGGGGUCAUGCAUUUUCCGCCGACGGAGGCACCGGAGGAGUUGGAGAGGUUGAUUGAGAAGUUUGUGCGGGACUUGUAA